UCAGCCAUCAGCCCCGAAGAACAUUCAUCAACAUUCCACGCUUGUGUUCUUUUCUCGUGCUAUUUGAAGCCUAAAACUUACAAAUUCUGAACGUCAACGUGGUUCAUCCCGUUGAAUUAAAUCCAGCAUCUCUCAAAUUCUUUAAUUCCAAUCAUGGCAGAGGCUGAAGAACAGGCGAAGAAGAAAAGGACUUUCCGUAAAUUCACCUACCGAGGUGUCGACUUAGAUCAGCUCCUAGAUUUACCACAGGAACAAUUAGCAGAAUUACUAUGCUGCAGAGCUAGGAGAAGGUUUUACAGAGGAUUGAAACGUAAGCCAAUGGUCUUGAUCACCAAGUUGAGGAAAGCCAAGAAAGAAGCGCCUCCUAAUGAAAAACCUGAAGUUGUCAAAACACAUCUUCGAAACAUGAUCAUUGUCCCUGAAAUGGUCGGUAGCAUUGUUGGAGUAUACAACGGCAAAGCUUUCACACAAGUUGAAAUUAAGCCUGAAAUGAUUGGACACUAUCUGGGAGAAUUCAGUAUGACCUACAAACCUGUCAAACACGGAAGACCUGGUAUUGGAGCUACCCACAGUUCACGGUUUAUUCCUCUGAAGUAAAAAAUUAUUGUCAGCUUUUCUUUAAUUUUUAAGUUUGUAACAUGUUUUAUAUAUUUUAAAUAAAACUUGACAAUGAAA